UCGGACGGUCAACCGAAAUAAAUUGCUUCACCGCCCUUCACUCCGUCUUCUUCCACGCGAGGCGACCAGGCUGGUUUUGAAUCCUGCACGGUUGUUUGUGAUUUGGUUCCCUGCUCAGUGAUUCAGUGGAGUGCUCAGGAUGAAGAUUGCUGUGAUUGGUCAGUCCGUGUUUGGACUGGAAGUGUACAAGGAGCUGAGGAAAGAGGGUCACAGUAUCGUUGGGGUUUUCACCAUCCCAGACAAAGAUGGCAAAGCUGAUCAACUGGGCGCAGAGGCAGAGAAGGACGGCCUUCCCGUGUUUAAGUUCCCGCGCUGGCGCUUGAAGGGCCAGGCCAUCAAAGAGGUGGUGGACAAGUACAAAGCCGUGGGGGCAGAGCUAAACGUUCUGCCCUUCUGCUCCCAGUUCAUUCCUAUGGAGGUCAUUGACCAUCCCAAACACGGCUCCAUCAUAUACCACCCCUCCCUGCUCCCCAGACACCGCGGAGCCUCUGCUAUCAACUGGACUCUCAUCCACGGUGACAAGAAAGGUGGGUUCACUAUCUUCUGGGCAGAUGACGGGCUGGACACUGGACCAAUCCUGUUGCAGAGGGAGUGUGAUGUUGAGCCUGACGACACAGUGAACACCAUCUACAAGCGUUUCCUGUUUCCAGAGGGAGUCAAAGGCAUGGUGGAGGCAGUCAGACUGAUUGCAGAGGGAAAGGCUCCCAAGAUCAAGCAGCCAGAAGAGGGCGCCACAUAUGAGUGUAUUCAGAAAAAAGACAAUGCACAGAUUGACUGGAAUCAGCCAGCUGAGGCCAUUCAUAAUUGGAUUAGAGGAAAUGACAAAGUCCCUGGGGCUUGGGCUGAAGUGGCUGGACAGAAAGUCACAUUUUAUGGGUCAAUGCUGGUGGAUAACGGCCCGGCCGCCAGCGGACAGUCUCUGGAAAUCCCCGGUGCCAGCCGGCCCGGUCUUGUCACCAAGGCUGGACUAGUGCUGUUUGGCAACGACGGCAAAACACUGCUUGUGAAGAACUUGCAGUUUGAGGAUGGGAAGAUGAUUCAGGCGUCUCAGUAUUUUAAAGUGAGCUCUAGCACAGCAGUGGAGCUCACAGAAGAGGAGAAGAGCUUCGCUGAACAGAUGAGGGCCGUGUGGAAGAGCAUCCUGACAAACGUGGACAUUAUUGAGGAUUCUACAGAUUUCUUCAAAUCAGGGGCUGCCUCCAUGGAUGUUGUCAGGUUGGUGGAGGAGGUGAAGUUGCGUGCGAACGAGCUCCAGGUGCAGAAUGAGGACGUUUACAUGGCAACGACCUUUCAGGAGUUCAUCCAGAUGUGUGUGAGGAAACUGAGAGGAGAGGAUGGGGAGGAGGAGCUUGUUGUUGACUAUGCGGAGAAGAAUGUGAACAACAUGACUAUCCAGAUGCCCCAUCAGCUGUUCAUUAACGGAGAGUUUGUGGAUGCAGAAGGAGGAAAAACCUAUAAAACCAUUAACCCCACAGACGGACAGCCCAUCUGUGAGGUGUCGCUGGCUCAGAUCUCUGAUGUGGAGAAGGCGGUGGCUGCAGCAAAGGAGGCAUUUGAGGAAGGGGAGUGGGGCAAGAUGAACCCCAGAGACAGGGGCAGACUCAUGUACAGACUUGCUGAUCUGAUGGAGCAGCAUCAGGAGGAGUUGGCCACUAUUGAAGCCAUUGACUCUGGUGCUGUUUACACACUGGCCCUGAAAACACAUGUCGGCAUGUCCAUACAGACCUUCAGGUACUUCGCAGGCUGGUGUGACAAGAUUCAGGGCUCUACCAUCCCAAUCAACCAGGCCCGACCCAACCGCAACCUGACCUUCACUAAGAAAGAACCAAUAGGGGUGUGUGCCAUCGUCAUCCCAUGGAACUACCCACUGAUGAUGUUGGCGUGGAAAACUGCCGCCUGCCUGGCAGCAGGCAACACUGUCGUCCUGAAGCCUGCCCAGGUCACUCCCCUCACUGCAGUCAAGUUUGCUGAACUGACGGCCAGAGCUGGGUUUCCCAAAGGCGUGGUCAACAUCCUUCCAGGAUCAGGGGCCCUGGUCGGCCAGCGUCUGUCAGAUCACCCCGACGUGCGUAAACUGGGAUUCACUGGCUCCACAGAGAUCGGCAAACAAAUCAUGAAAAGCUGUGCCAUCAGUAAUGUGAAAAAAGUGUCUCUGGAGCUGGGUGGGAAAUCUCCUCUCAUUAUCUUUAAUGACUGUGACCUGGACAAAGCUGUGAGAAUGGGCAUGAGUUCUGUUUUCUUCAACAAAGGAGAGAACUGCAUCGCCGCUGGAAGACUGUUUGUUGAGGAGUCCCUCCACGACACGUUUGUGCAGAAAGUGGUAGAAGAGAUAAAGAAGAUGAAGAUUGGAGACCCUCUGGACCGCUCCACAGACCACGGCCCUCAGAACCAUAAAGCCCAUCUGGACAAAUUGGUGGAGUACUGUGAGAGAGGGGUUAAAGAAGGAGCCACACUCGUGUAUGGAGGAAAGCAAGUCAACCGGCCAGGCUUCUUCUUUGAGCCCACAGUGUUCACUAACGUGAAGGACGGUAUGUUCAUCGCCACAGAGGAGUCGUUUGGCCCCAUCAUGAUCAUUUCAAAGUUUAAGGAUGGAGACGUGGACGGCGUGCUGCAGAGUGCCAACGCCACGGAGUACGGCCUGGCGUCGGGCGUCUUCACGCGCGACAUCAGUAAGGCCCUGUACGUGAGCGAGAAGCUGCAGGCCGGCACUGUGUUCGUCAACACCUACAACAAGACAGACGUGGCAGCACCUUUCGGCGGCUUCAAACAGUCCGGCUUCGGCAAAGACCUGGGCCAGGAAGCUCUAAAUGAGUAUCUGAAGACGAAAGCUGUGACCAUUGAGUAUUAAAACACACACACACACACACACAUUUUAUUUUGUUUCACUGUGAAGAUGAAUGUAAUGUUGGUGAAGAGGUUUUCAGAGGUGAGACUCGUUCUUGCCUGUCCUAAGAAUGCAGACGCUGCUCUUUCUGAUUAAUGCAGUGUGAAUGCGGACGCUGCUCUUUCUGAUUAACGCAGUGUGAAUGCAGACGCUGCUCUUUCUGAUGAACACAGUGUGAAUGAGGCAAUGUUAAUGCCAUGAGCCUAACUUGGCACCUGACAGAAAUAACAUAGAGAUGCUUUUGGCUCUGUCAGUGUAGCUGUAGAGCUGCUUGUUAUGAUUAGUUUUAUCACACAAAAAAGGGCUCAUCAGCAAAACUCUCAACUAAAUUCAUGAAGCCUAGGUCUCAGUUAAAUUCAUUUUAACAAGUGUCUCAUUCUAAAAUAAGCCCAGGGAACCCAGUCACUGUUUUAACUGUGAAAUCAACAUAGCUUUGAUCUUCAAAUGAUCUGUUUUUGUUUUUUCCUUUUUUGUAUGUAUAUUGAUUUUUUUUUCCAUACUCUUCCUAUAAAGACUGUAAAGACACUGUCCUGUUUAACUAAAGCCGUAAGCUGAGGAAAAGAGCUGGUUGCUGUGAAAAUGGAUCAGAGGUUCUAUUUGAAGUGUUUGGGUUUAGUGACAUCACACUGCUGUGAAGGGGACUCACUCUCUGAAUAAAUCCAUAUUUAACACUCUGCACUGUGGUCCAAGGAGGAAAAACCUAGUCAUGAUUUUACGCUGAGUGACUAAUUCUCUUGUCAUUUUUUUCUGUUAGUGUUUGUGAAGCAACAUUAACAGAAAUUCUACGUUUGCAAAAAUAAAUAUAAGACAUUUAUUAAGCA